AUAUAAACUGCCCGACGUCUGGUUCUCUUCACCAUUCGUCCCGAAGCACCGUACCAAACCGUAGCAGCUGGAACAGACCGAGUUCGAUCCGUUCGCCUAGUACAACAUCACAGUCACCGCCAAAACCUAUCCAAAGUCAUGAUGUCUCUAUCACUGGUUGUUGUAAUUGGGUUCGUAGCCGCGUGCUCGGCCAGUCCGUCGCUAUACUUCAGCGGUCCACAAUACUACAGCGGUUACUACGCGGCCCCCGCCGCCGUGGUCAGCCCGAUCAAGAGCCAAUACCACACGCAAAACGAAUUCGGACAUUACGCUUACGGCUACAACGAUGGAUACUCCAGCAAGUCCGAAACCAAACACGCCAACGGUCUGACCGAAGGCGCGUACUCGUACGUCGAUCCGAACGGAGUUCUCCAGCAAUACAAGUACGUGUCCGACGAGAACGGUUACCGCGUGUCCGGCACCAACUUGCCCGUGGCCCCAGCCGUCCCAGUGGUCGAGGUCCCGGCCGUCCCGGCCGUCCCAGCCGUCCCAGUCGAGGACUCCAUCGUUGCCGUCAAAUCCGUCCCGAUCCAUUUCGAAACCCCGGCCGCAGUCGCCGCACCGGUCUACCAGUCCGAAAUCCCACAACAGGUACAAGACACGCCGGAAGUAGCUGCCGCCAAGGUUGCUCACCAGAUCGCUUACGACGAAGCUAAGAAAGCCGCAGACGCUUCGCCAGCCGAAGAAGAAUCGUCGUCCGACGCUGUCGUCCAAGAUUCCGCCGCCGCACCCGCCGCACCCGCCGCACCCGCCGCACCCGCCGCACCCGCCGCCCCAGUCUUCCAGGCCGAACUCCCGCAACCGGUACAAGACACCCCGGAAGUAGCUGCCGCCAAGGUGGCUCACCAGAUCGCUUUCGACGAAGCUAAGAAAGCCGAAUCCGCCGCUUCCGCCGCCGACCUCGCCAACCAUUUCGCACCUGCCCCAGUCUUGGCCGCCGCACCCGCCGCCGUCACAUCGUACAGUUACCACCCGACCGCUUACGCCGCUUACCCGUCGUACGCCGCCGUCCCGGCACAUGCUUCCUACGCUUACGGCCCGGUAGCGUCCUACGCGUACGCCGCCGCACCAGCCCCGUCUUACGCAUACGCCGCCUCCCCGUUCGCCGCCUCGUCGUACUCGCCGGUGCACAGCCAGUACCACUCGCAAGACGAGUUCGGUCAGUACUCGUACGGCUACAACAGCGGUUCGUCGUCCAAGGCUGAGGUCAAGACCGUCGACGGCGUGACCCGCGGGGGUUACUCGUACGUGGACGCCAACGGACAGGUCCAACACUACAACUACGUCUCCGACCCGGUCAACGGUUUCCGCGUCGCCGGCACCAACCUGCCAGCAGCCAACGCUCUGUAAACGCCAGCCGCCGGCCGCCAAAGUAUAAGCUCUACUCACCACCCUCCCCUGCCCCCCCCCCC